AUGACCGAGUGUCCAGUGGGUGGGAUAGACAGCCCUUGUUGCAUGAGAGCUACGGGACCUAGUCGUUGGCUCAUUGAAUCGCUUCGCUGCUGGCAUUCCCUCGGUGGACGGGGCACUGCUUAUGGAGCUGGGCCCCUCAGGAAGUGGUGCUGCGGUUCCGGUUCAGACAAUGACCAAUGCUUUGCAGGUGACUUCUCAGCCGAGCGGUGUUGUGUGAAGCCACCAGUGGUAGCUGUUGCGACUGCUUUGUUGUCGAGACGGGAGACUUGGAGGUCCAUCGGGGAGUCGUAUCAUGCCCAGUGCCAAGGAGAGCCGCAGCAUGUUUCUGGAGUUCGCUGUGUUCCUGACUGGCUUUCAAUGGAUUAUAGUGGGCUGUUCAGCCAUCUUUUAUAUUGCGGUCCCAAGGUGAAUUCUUUGGCAUUUCACCUUCUGAUGAUGGUCAGCAUGAACUAUGCUCUUUACAUGCACGACCCCGGGCCUGACUUGGCUGGGCACAGCAGCAUGCUGCUGUCGAAGUGUUUCCGUUUUUACGACCGGACUCUGCGUGCAAACAGGUUUCAUGCACUAAGAGCUGCAACUGUCGUGCUGCUCUCGCCCAUGAUCCAUGACUUUGAUGUCCUGGUAGAAGGCCUUGCUCUGCAACAGUUGACUUCGCUGGCGGCUAGCGACCCGAGAGCACAGACAUUGGGCCUCCCCACCUCGGACAAUGGAACAUGGUCAUGGCCGGUGUUGCGCUUGCGUCGUGCCUAUUGGAAGCUAUCUGCAAACCGCUAUCCUUUCGCUUACGGAUCCUGGGCUCAGCCCCAUCACUCCUUGGACCUUUCGCAUUGCUAUGUCGGGGACACCACCAGUGGUACCAGAGUUUACAACUCCUCGCUCCUAAGAACACUGCUAACGUCGCCGCAGCAGAGCGCCGACCUGGGCUCCGCUUGGAUGCUGGGCCUGGACCUCCGGAUGAAGCAGCUGAAGAACAUGCGAGGCAGGGCCCUCACGUGUCUGACCGGUGCUGGCGCCAUCUUUGAGGAAGAGUCCUACUUGCUGCACACGGUGCUUGAGGAAUCCCUUGCCAGGAGCUAUGACAUCGAGGCAGCACGGUUCCAUCCAGCUGGGAAGGUGCAGACAAAGUGCAUCACAGGUGGCACCCUGGCUGAAGCACUCUCAGCAAACGCUGCUGGCAUGGUGGUUCCGUACUGCAUCCGACUGGCGCUGAAGCACGGCAUGCAGAAGCUGAAGAGGGUUGUAGAAGUCUUCGCUGGCCCAGAUGCGGUGCUGAUGCCAAUCUUCGGAACCUCACUGAGCCUCAUGCGUCUGGGAAGCACGGAAGGCGAAGUGAUACCCUGGGACUACGAUGCUGACAUGGUCCUGGUUCUGAACAACAUGAACGUGGAGAAGUUGUGUGGGCACUUGGAAGCUGCCGGUUUCACUGUGGAGUAUGGUGAUGUUCGUACACAUUUCGGAACAUCAGAUCGUGAAGUUCAUCUCAAAACAGAGUAUCGUGAUCCGGACUUGAAUACCACCGCCGAUAUAGACCUUUGGCUGGAGACUGACGGCGCUGCAGGUGCGACAAGCGUGCUGCCCCUUUCAAGACUUCGCUUGCACACACUGCCCAUGGUUGUCAACAGCGACGUACUGUUUUGGAUGCGCUUUCGCGGCACCACUGCCCCACGUGAACACCUUCACCCCAACGAAAUGUAUGGCUACUUGCCG